UCGUCUUCCCUCUGUCUCCGCUUACUUUUACCUUCUGAAACAGCUUGAGUAAAGAGUUCGUGUUUAAUCUCUUUGAUUCGUCCAUUCACUACUCCGUCUCUCUCUCUCCCUCUCUCUGUUUUCCCCCUGUUUUCUAUUUUGUUGAACCCAAAUUGAUUGAGAAGAUGGGGAGAGGAAAAAUAGAGAUAAAGAAGAUUGAGAAUGUGAACAGUCCUCAAGUCACUUUCUCCAAGAGACGUAACAGGUUGAUAAAAAAGGCGAACGAGCUUUCGUUUCUCUGUGAGGUCGAUGUCAUCGUCUUCUCCAACACUGUCAAGGUUUACUAUUUCUCCAGCGGAAGGCAUGGUGUAACUUCGUUUACACCCCUGAAAGGACUUAUUAUUCAAGGUCCCAUCUUCAUCAGCUUUUUCUUCGCUAUCAGGAACAUGGCCGAGAAAGUACCAUCGUUUAAAACCGGUGGAACUCUUUGGUUUACUGAUCUCACCACUGCAGAUACUACAUAUAUCUUGCCACUUCUCACCGCCAUCACUUUCAUAAUUAUGGUGGAGUCCAACAUGCAAGAAGGUAUGGAAGGGAAUCCAGUAGCUGGAACUAUGAAGAAAUUCUCAAGAAUCAUUGCCUUUCUCUCUAUUCCAAUUCUGAUGGGCAUUGAGAAGGGAUUGUUCUGUUACUGGCUCACUUCCAACCUGUUUACUCUUGGGUAUGGAUUAGCACUAAGACGUCCUGAUGUGAGGAAGCUCUUGAAUCUCCCGGAUGCUGUCACAUCUUCUUCUAGCGGGCAGCCAAAGCCGCCUUCGCCUAUUCCAUUUUCCUUUGAGCAGCCAAAAGACCAAAGUGUUGUUGUUCAUGAAGAUCCUCCUUUGUCCUCCUCCAAAGAUCCUUCUAUGUCUUCCUCUGAGUCAUCUUCGAGUGUUCCAGGGAGAAGAAUCUCAAAGAGUUCAGUGCUGAAUCAGAGAAUCAGAACUCUGGAGAGACAACUCAAGGACCAAAAGAAGAAGAAGUGAGAGACUCUUUUUUUUCAUGUUCAGGUUGUUUUGCUAGAAAACUGGCUGAGAUACUAUAGACGGAAGGGAUUAAAGUAUCAUCGGGAAUUUAAGGUUUUGAAUAUUGAAGGCAACAAUCAAGUCAUAUGGAUCUCACUCUGAAGUAUUCAUCUUAUAUACAUUCAGAACUCAUUACUUACAUCA